GCAUCCCAAGAGGCCGUUGGCAACACCGGACACCCACCCGCUCAUGCGCUGCACCCGCACCGAGUUGUUCCCGGCGUCGAGACUGGCCGCCCGGUGGCUCUAUUCCCAAUGCCUGAGUCUCUCUUUUCCUCUUGGCCAAUGUACAGAUGGGGACCCUCCCUGGUGCAUGUGUCAAAGAGACUCCCCACAGCACAUCUUAUGUCAAUCAUCAGUCUUCCCACCCCUCGGGGUCCUGGCCGUCGUACCUUUUUGUCACAAUUCCUUUCGUCAACCACCCCGUACCCGUGGCUCUGUCGUAUGACGAGCCCGUCCAUCGCCAGUUUUGCUCGCCGUUCCAACCCGCGCCCGCCUUACCAUCACCCCCAUCCUCCUGGUCCACCCUACCCGCAUCCCAGGCCGGAGCUCUGCCCCGGCUCAUAG